UGUCACCCCCUUCACCAUUCUUCAUUCCUGUUUCCCUCUCUCACCUUAUCUCUUUACCUGCCUAUCACCUCCCUCUGGUGCUCCUCCCCGUUUUUUUUCUCCCACAGCCUUCUGUCCUCUCCUAUCAGAUUCUCCUUUCUCCAGCCCUUUAUUUCUUUCACUGAUCAACUUCUCAGCUCUUUACUUCACUCCUCCCCCUCUCCCGGUUUCACCCAUCACCUACCACCUUGUACUUCUUCCUCCCCUCAUCCCACCUUCUUACUCUGACUUCUCUCCUCCCUUUCCAGUCCUGAUGAAGGCUCUCAGCCUGAUAUGUUGACUGUUUCCUCUUUUCCAAAGAUGCUGCCUGGCCUGCUGAGUUGCUCUGGCACUAUGCUGUGGUGAGAAUAAAGUCACAGUAUUUUCCCUCCCUUUCAACACAAGUGCAUGAGUGGGUGAGUGACCCUUUCUCUGAAUCUUCUGCUCAGCCUGAGAACUUGACUUUGAGAGAAGAUCAAGAACUUUGUGAGCUGCACUCUGAUCUUGCACUCAAGAUGAGAUUUACUGACGUGCACCUGGACAAGUUCUGGAUUUCUAUGAAAAAAGGGUAUCCUGCCAUUCAUAAGAAAGCAAUGAACAUUUUGCUGCAGUUUUCAACUUCUGACGUAUGUGACCAAGCUUUUUCUCGUUUAACAAGCAUCUUCAAGGACAGAAAUCAUCUCAUUUCAGUUGAAGGUGAAAUCCAUGUGUACUUAUCUCAAGUUCCACCCAGAACUGAGAAAUUUAUUAUGUUUCCCUUAUGAGUUUUUAAGAUUUAUGGCGGGGAAAGAAAGAGAUUAAUUUCAAGAGAGGGCACCAGGAUUUCAAACUCCAAAACUUCAUGAUUCAGCUGGUAGGUAGGCACUUCUGCUUUCCUGGAUGCGUCAAGGGCUGGUGUGUCUACCGACGGUAAAAGCAUCUGAAACAAAGGAAUGGAAAGCUAAGGAGAAUCAUGGCAUGUUGCAGCAAUUGUCACUCAGUCCACAGCUGAAAACGAUACACAUUCCCAGAUCAAUGGAGAAAGCCCCUUUUCUGCAGCACCCGAGCUUGAAAACAGGGCAGAAGCGAUAUCUAUUUAGUAUUGCUAACAUCUAUAACACAGAUCAUAUGCGUAGGCUGAUGGAGAGGCAAUACUUAAAUAUGCUGCAAUGCCGCACAAAGCUUGGGUAUAUCACCUCACAUCAAUCUCAGAAAUACUCUAAUUAUAUCAGAAAGCAAUCCCAAAAAGAAACUUGGAGGCAAAAUAAGAGCAACAAGUCAUCUACAGCUCAGAGCUCAGGGAAAGAGUCACCUAUCUCGCAACCCGGAAAACCAAUUUCUCUCCCCCCGCUGGGAGGUAGCAGUCAGAGGCGUUUACAUGGAAAAAGAAUACAAUAGGAUUUCAUGGAAAAACUAUACAUAAACAAAGACGGACAAACAACCAAAGUGCAAAAGAUGACAAACGGCAAAUUAAAAAAUACUUAACUUGAGUUGUAAAGUGUCCUUGAAAAUGUGUCUGGAGGUUGUAGAAUUAGAUUGCACCUGUAAUGUUAAGAUAUUAAGGUGGUCCCUGAGAUUGACAGAAUUUACUUCUAUUCCAGUUGGAUUCAGACAUGACGCUCAUGGCCGAUGACAGCCACUCAUUUUACAACAGCUGAGACAACAGACGCUCCAGUAGAUAGGUGGUAGUUUCCUGAGAUAGUGUCCUCCUUUCACUGUUUACACCGGCUUCUCUGUGUAUGGAAGAGGUUCUUAGUAACAUCCUGUACAUUCUUUCUCCUGUUUUGUGAGUCUGGUAUUAGAUGGGCAACUUAGCUUAUCCAAUCAAGCCAACAGUGCAAUUCAGGGCUCGAUGCAGGUUCUCCCACUGAAUUUGGAGCAUUUUACAGCAGUAAUGAAUUUUAUGGUGCCGUAUUUGCUAAUGCAAGAAUCAAAAGCUCACAGGAGGGCAGAGGUUUUGGUGCUGAGUUGAGUCUUGAUCUCAGUUUCCAAAGGCUUAACAGACACUAGAUUUUGUCAAGAUUCUACUUUAUUGAGAUAGUAAGACCAAACUAUUAAAAAUGAGUGGAUCGCUGCACAACACGUUACACGAAUGCAAGGGCACCCUUCAGUGUGGUAAAGUUCUGUGUGUUUCUGGUACUGUCAUCACGGAUCAUACCUAUAAAGGCUAGAGCAUUUUGAUUUUUCAGAAAUAGACAAGAUAUGGUGUAACAGAAAUAAAGGAGUUGCAUUGUUUCAAAGUUACAGGU